GCCCCCUCGCGUCGCGAGGCCCCGCCGCCGCUCUCUAUUGGCUGCGGAGCGGCCGCGUUUCCCGCGCGCGCGGCGGCAUGGCGGGGGAGCGGGCGGCGGGGCUGGUGCGGGAGCUGCACCGCGCUGCCGGCGGGCACCUGCCGCCCUUCCGGGUGGAGGAGCUGCGGCAGGCGCUGGAAGAGAUGCGGGCGCUGUACGAGCAGAACCAGGCGGACGUAUCCGAAGCGAAGGCGGGACGGACGGACUUGAUUUUCCUCAUCCGGUUUCGGCACUGCUGCCUGCUCCGAAACCAGCGCUGCAUCCUGGCCUACCUGUACGACCGGUUGCUGCGGAUCCGAGCACUAAGGUGGGAGUAUGGCAGUGUCCUGCCAAACACCAUCCAGUUCCACAUGUCAGCUGAGGAAGUGGAGUGGUUCAGUCGCUACAAAAAGUCUCUGGCUACCUACAUGAGGUCAGUAGGAGGAGAGGAGGGGUUGGACCUUACACAGGACAUAAAACCUCCUAAAAGCCUGUAUAUCGAAGUGCGGUGUUUAAGAGACUAUGGAGAAUUUGAGAUCGAUGAUGGUACCACUGUCCUGUUGAAGAAGAAUAGCCAGCUGCAGGUGCAAAAUAGCAACUGAAGGUCAGAACUUUAAUUGACAGCCCACCUGACAAAAAUGAAGAGAUACAAUGAGGAAUGCGGAGACCCCAGACUCUAAUUUUACAAGUGGCCCAGAGUGAUGCAUGGGGGUGGGGGCUUGAAUUGUGGGAGUAUAAUCAUCCAAGUUUUUUCCUGCUGAGGGUCUCUCUUCAGGAGGGACACAGCUCAAGCUGCUCUAUGCAGUAUCUUGUGAAUAAAUUACUUAUUUUAGAAGAAUUUCUGGAAUCCAUGCUCGAGCCUCUGCUAUGGGAAACCUAGGGAAAAGGAACUUCUCUAAUACAUGCAAAAGCCCAGUUUGCUCUUGGCAUUCCACACUGGCUCCCUGCUCCAUUCCUGCUUGGUUUUCAAAGACAGCAAGAACUAAAGAAAUCUGAGAAACAACCAUCCAACAACUCACACAAAACAUGUGGGGACAAUCAACAGUCCUGGUAGAGAAGAAUCAGGUCUUCAAGGGAAGGGAAAUAAAGGGGAACAAGGGCAAACAGCAUCAGACCCUGAAUUUCUGUGGCUUUCAGCUGGCUGAAAUUAUUUUGUAAGCCUGCAAAGAAGUGGAAACAAAGUGAUUUGGCUCAUCAAGACACACCAGUACUUCACUACAGGAUAACCAGGUGGUGAGCCCAACCCAUCAACUGCAAUAGAGCCACAUCUGGAGAAGUCAGCUUGCUUGAGGCCUCUGUGAUUUUACUGUGCUGGCUACAACAGCUACGACCCCAAAUCCAAGGCAGCCUCUCUGCCUCAUUAUCCUUCCAUUCCCACUGGUACUCCCAGUCUCCCAUGAGUCAACGAAUACUGGCACUUGUGGGAAGGAAGCUCAGUUUUGUGUUGAACAGACGGACCUAUCCAAUAGCUACUGCUAAACCCUAGGUCCUCACAGGACUCAACUGCCUCAGGUAAGAGCACAAAGGAACAGACUGUCCAUCCUGGUGGGGAGGACAGUAUUGCAAUUUGUGGCACUGCAUGGGCAAGGCAGAGGAGCUGAAUGGGGAAGUUCCUCCUUUCCAAACAAGCGAGAGGACUAGUGCCUGGGCUCUAUGGUGUUUGCUCCCCUUGCUUGGCAGAACACUCACAGCAGCUGCUUUCAGAGUCAGUUUUACAUCAGGAUUCACAUGCUGAGCUUCCUGUGGCAUCUCUGACGCCCACGUGCAGCUGUACAAGGCAGAGGAGACCAAUGCGUAGUCAGCUUCAGCCAUGUGAGCACAUCCCAGUUCUCUGACCACACUCCCACAGUUAGUAAAAGACAAGCAGGGGACAGCAUGACAGAACGUAGCUACUGUUAGAGUGUCAAGAGAAAACACAGCUGCUGCUAGAGUGUCUUGGACCAUCAUGUUGUUAAGCAGCCUUGUGUUUCACAAGGCAUCUGCUUUUCUUGCAGCAGCAGCACUGUGUUGUUAGUUCUACAAACUGCCUUUGUGCUCAAACCUGCAAAUCUCUUGAGUUCUGGGUUCAUUUUUUAGCCAGUACGUGACAUAUUUGAGCUGCAUCAGUUCCAGUUUUACCCUGUCCCUUUCCAUAUCCAGCUCCAUUUUGACAGCCUGAAUGUCAUGUUUCUUCCUACGCUGCUGUGCCACUCUGUCUCCCAGGGCUUUUUUUCCCUUCUUCUUGUCCUCCAGAUCAAGUCUGUCUCUGUCCUGACAUGAUGCUGUGUCUGCUGUCUGCAGGCAAACCAUUUAACUUUACUCUCUCUGCAUCCUUCCCAAGCACAUCCCCUUGUCUAUCAAGAUUUCAUUUUUCACUGACCAAUGCUUUCAGCUUUGGCUCCAGCAGAGCAGACCAUUCACUGCAACAGAUGUCUGCACAGGUUCAUCAAUUACACAAUUUUUCAUUUAUUCUCUGUUUCUUCGGUGCUGAGGUUGCAGCAGAUCUUGGUCUACCUGCUCAUCUGAGUCUUGGCAACCUGCUCCCUUCCCUUGAGAUGG